GGAGUUGAUAAAAAUUCUUAUAAUGGUAUAAAGAGCACUAUCUAGUAUCUAAUAAAUCAUUGUUAAUUAGCAAUGCAUAGUGCUAUAACUUUUUUAACGGUGAUCAGUGUCGCUCUUUCGGCGUCGGUGCCUGCGCCAGUGCAGCAGCGUAUAGUCGGCGGCCGACCCACCACAGUCGACAAGUACCCGUUUGCUGGGAACAUCCAAAUCAACGAGUUCGGCAUAGUCUGGAACUCCGCAUGUGGGGGUUCCUUGAUCAGUGCCACCGCUGUACUGUCCGCUGCUCAUUGCUUCAGUUUUCCAGCCAGGUCAUACGGCGUUCGACUUGGAAGUGCUUCUGCUAGCAGUGGAGGAACCGUCUACAAUGUGGCUUCAUACGUGCACCACCCUGACUGGACCUUUGUAGACGAAGGUGACGUGGCCAUAGUGAAACUUGCCACGCCCGUCAUAUUCAGUGUCGGGGUCGAUACUGUUAUCAAGCAAGAAGACAAAGUCAAAGAUUAG